AUGCAGGACCACAUUUCAAGCACAGCGGGCAUCUUGACCUCUCACUUUUUGACAACUCAGCCAACUCCGAAUUUUUCAUAUUGCUCUGCCAAUGCCACGAUUUGCAAUGGCACAUCCUGUGUGCUGUCUACUGAAGAUUACAACAGAGUUUUGAGCACCAUUUUAAGCACCGUCCUAACAAUCUUGUUGGCAAUGGUGAUGUUCUCCAUGGGCUGCAACGUGGAGCUGAAGAAAUUUCUAGGACACAUUAGAAGGCCAUGGGGCAUAGCCGUAGGCUUCCUCUGCCAGUUUGGAAUUAUGCCUCUGACUGGUUUUGUGCUGUCGUAUGCCUUCAACAUACUUCCUAUACAAGCUGUUGUGGUGAUCAUCAUGGGCUGCUGUCCUGGUGGAACAUCUUCCAAUAUUUUAGCCUACUGGGUAGACGGUGACAUGGACCUAAGGUAAGAGAUACUGGCUUUCAACGGAAUUGCCUCCUUCCCUACAGACCCUCUCAGGUGCUAAUGUUGGUGGAGAGUGUCCUUUUGGUCAUUCCACUGCCCUCAGAGGCUAAAUAGGUUGCAGUCCAGGAGUUGGUAUUCUCUGUGGCCGCCCCUAAGUUGUGUAACUUCCCAGAGGUGCAGCCGGCACCUUCAUUAUAUAACUUUCGGUGAAUGCUGAAGAUACAUCUGUUCCCCUUGGAUUUUUACUCUUGAGAUGUAUAUGUUUAGGAUCCACCUUAUUUUGUUAAGCUUAAGUUCUUUUAAGCUGAUUUUCAUAUUGUAUAGUAAUGUGUUUCAAUGCUAAUGUUGUGUUUUCAUUGUUCUAACCCAUGCUGGGAUGUUAGGGGGAAGGACAGGUAAUGGAAUAAAUUUAAUAAAGAUGAUGAUGAUGAUGAUGUGCAGAUACCUGGAACAGGAAUAGCCCCUAGGGUAUCUCACUCAGAUCCUUCCCUGAAUUAUAGUGCCAACUCUGUAUACAUUAAUUACUGAAAAAUUAUUGUGGCAUGAAGCCACACAAUCCAGAAAGCUGCUUCGAACUUGCCUGCAUCUUGGCUCCAUAGAACAACAAACCUUGAUGCCACACAGCAAACUUACGCUGAACUUCCCAGAAGGGAGAAACCCAUACAAAGCUGCUGGAUGUAUAGAGCUACUAAUAAGGUUAUCUGGAUUGUGUCUGUUGGUGAUGAACGAUUGCAUGCUAGUCCAUCAGUAAACAUAUUUUGGGUUGGUAUUAUCUACUCAGGCUGCUAUUCCAGGCUCAUCUGCAAAGUUAUUGACUCUAACGCCACAGAGCAGCAAGGGCAGAUAGAGAAGUAUGCUUGGUGGCUAUUCCAUUUGACCUCAGCCUGACUUUGAAAUAACAGGAGAACCCACUACAGUAGUAGUAGUAGUAGUAGCAGCAGCAAUUAACAAUAGAUCCUACUGCCAUUUGGAGCACACAUUUCCCCAUCUAAAGUUUUUUUUCCAAAUUAGUAUUUGUCCUGGUGUUUAUCUGAUGGGGCAAAAAGCCCAAAGCAAAAAGGGGCAAUGUCCAUUAGGAAAAUGGCAGGGGGGUGAGAAUGGUAAGUCACUCUUUCCCCCAGUACUGCUGCCUUGAUCUGAUUCAGCACCCCCUGAGACUGUUUGGAGUUUUUUAUUGGGGGGAGGGGUGCAGCAGAUCACAUGGCAUGCCUCCCAGUGUCUUGAGUAACUUGGCUCUGAAAGAACUGUUCCACCACCCUAAAAUGCUAGGCAUAUCCUUCAUGAGACGAACCAUCCCAUCAAGGCUAUCACCUCCACACCUUGCUUGAGAGCUUCCAGCAGCAUCUGACUGGCUGCUUUGAAUCAAAUAACUUUAGAUUAGGAAGAGACCUCGAAAGUCUUGUAGUAACACACACACACAUCCCGGCUCAGUUUCACAUCAGUGAUGCAGGUCUCUUUCAGCAGAGGCUGAUCAGCCACUAUCAGAGAUGCAGUGCUAGCAUCCCUGAGUGACAGCGGCUGACUAGACUCUGCUUAAAUGCCUGCAGUGAAGGAGAGCUUCUGUUCCACUGCUGAACAGUUCCUAUCCUUGGGACAUUUCUCCGAAUGUUUAGUUGAGAUCUGCUUCCUGGCCAUUUCCACCUAUGCAUUCUAGUCCUGCCCUCUGUGGCAACAGAUAGCAAUCCUGCUCCAUCUUUUCUGCAUGGCAGCCCUUUCAAUAUUUGAAGACAGCCAGAAUAUAUGAGGAUGUUGUUGUUUUUAAUCUCAUGUGGCACAACUCUUCCAUUCUGCAUCAGGGCCCAUCCUAAUACACACAUUUGUCUCAAACCUGCUGGACUACCAAGUUGCCUUUGAAACUCCGGUGCUCAGACAGGACAUUUAAAAGCAAAGCAAAACACUAUACGGUGCAAAUAUUCAUCCCACUCCAGAGAUCCUCAGACCCACAAGGGUUGUUUCAUAGGUGAUCCACAGUGCCGGAUGGCUUGCCAGGGAGAAAGGUCUUCCAUAUGGAAUGCAUAUGGAGAAACAUACAAACUUAUGCCUGCAAUAACAUGUUGCUAGAGCUUGUCUUUUGUCUCCCACACAUCCCUUGUGUUUUCUGCACCAGGGCAAAGGAGUUUCCCUGGAAUACUUUUGUAAUAAAAAUCUGUACCCACUUCCAACAUCAAUGGAGAACAGGAAUAAAUUCCUUCUUUUUUUCCCAAGUCUGGCAAAAGACUAAAUUGGCCUGUUUUUAAAUAAUGCCAUAUUUAAACACUUUCUGUGAUACUAUAAUCUCUGCACAGAAGUAAAUUCUAUUGUUUUCAGUGGGUCUUAUUCCCAGGUAGGUGUGCUUAAAGACUUUUGGCCACCAUCUUUAAACUUCAAUUCUGGCAUUUACCAGUUUUGACUUUUCUUUGUAGCCAAGAAUUUAAUUUUCUCAGGACCAAAGGCGUCACAUUCUAACUUGACAUCAUUUUGUGACUACCCACCUAAUCCUAUCAAACAGCAUUCCUUCCUCAGUGCUCUCAAGACUGAAGGGACAUAAAACCCCACGGAGCAAAUAUAGUGCAAACAACCCAGAAGCAGCUCUCAAGGUUCCUGUGCUUUUCAGAUGACCCUAGAAGCAUAGAGGUUCUUCCAAGGGCCUUAUGAGGAAGAGGAGAGAAUAAGACCACCUCCAACUGCUUUCAACCAGCAACCUCCUUAAACCAGCCUCCAGGUGUUUUGGACUACAACUCCCAUGAGCCUCAGCCAGAACACAAUUAGUUGGCGUUGUAGUCCAAAACGCCCAUUCCAGAGCCAUAAGAACCAGCCUAAGUCUGUGCUGAGCCAUGGACUCACCAACGCAAAAAGUAUUUGUAGCUUGCAUGGUACAAACAGUAAUCGCAACCAACUCUCUUGCAGCAUCAGUAUGACAACAUGUUCAACUUUGCUGGCCAUGGGAAUGAUGCCACUUUGCCUCUUCCUUUAUACCAAAAUUUGGACAGACUACAGCUCCCUUUUAAUCCCCUACGACAGUAUCGGUAAGUCACAUUUGUACCUUCUCCCACAGCAAACAUUCUCUUAUCAUACAUCUUCAGGACUCCAUGCAACUGAGUUCUUGCAUUGCAUGUCGAGACCCCGCAGCCACCCUCUCGUUGGAAAUAACUCACACAAGGACACAGAUAUUAGGUUUAUGUUACUGGGCAAAUUUUGGCCACAACUUCAUUGAAUUAUAGAAUGUGAGCAGUAUUGGCUUAGGCAUUGAUUGGACCUGACUAUAUCUGACUCCUGCCCAUUGUGCAGGAAGUCCAGUAAGGGUAAGCCCAGUAAGGGUAGGGGGAGCCCUGUCGAUGCAAACCAACUCAAGCUCCCCCUGGUGUUCCUGUCGGGGUUGUGCCAAGGCCUUAGCCCCCCAGCCGGGCUUCAGACUACAUCAACACCUCCGGAUUCCUUUAACAGAAUACCCUUAAGCAUGGAGGGGCAGGUGAUGGCCACACCUCCCCUCCCCCACACAAGGUCAAACAAUGCCUAACCGCAACCCUAACAAAGUUGUGACGAUUGCUACGAGGUAGGCGAAAACCAAGUGGCCAGUGCCAAUUUGCCAAGCGGAAAAAUUCCUACGAGGCCCCUUGGACAACCAAGGCGACCAACUGAAGACCAUAGCAAGGCCAUUGCCUAACCUGCAAAAUAGGUAGGAGGGCAAGUGAUUGAGGAAGCGAGCCAAAGAGGAAGUCCUCUGGCUCGCUCCUCCGUUUAAACGGCCCCGGCCACGCCCCUACAGCCAGCGGAUUGGCUGGCCGGGCUCUGACAUGGCCGGGAUCCCCCAGGCAACGGGGGACAAAGUCCCCCGCCCCCAGUGGGGAGUGGGUGCCCACGCGGUCCACCGCAACUCCUCCCCACUGGGAAGUGGAGCGGAUCUAGUGGAAGCCGGCACAGUGAGUCCCAUUCGUGCAAGGGGACUUUUGCCCCCUCUCCCCCGAACCUGGUCAGGAGAACCCCCAGAGCAGCACACAGGGCAAGAUGGGACACCCAACAAGCAUAAAUGCUUUGGCUGGUGGAACACUAGCUGUAGCAUGACAUUGAAUUCCACCUUAAGUCCACAAUGCCAAUGCACCAUUGACCUCUACACUCAGAGGUGUAGCGCACCUCUGUACUGCUGAAUUUGGUGUUGGUGAGUGUGCUGCUUCAUCAUUUCCCAUUCCCUCACUCCACUUAUUUGAGCUUCUAGGGUAGCUUCCUCCUAGGCUCCACAGUCUGUGUUGGCACAAUGUAGGAUGGUCCCUCACAAUAAGGACCAGAGUGUCCCAGGUUUUCGCCCAGGAUGUGUCUUACAUUUCCAGUGGUGCCCUUAUAAGUUCAGUUAAGACAGCAUCAAUACAUGAUUCUGUUUUUCAUUAAAGGUUUGUGAAAUUAUUGUGAUCACAAUUUACAUUGUUGUUGUUUUUUCAAAAAACUUUAUUGAUUUUCCAAAAAUUCAAAACAAACAAACAGACAGACAUACAUACAUACAUCCUGUUUAAAUCUUGGUAACAUUAUUAAGUGACUUCCUCAAAUCCCCUUGGUCAUUAUCUAUCAUUUACAUUGUUUUUUGAGGGGAUGUGUAUCUAUGUCUCUACAUUAUCUAUCAAUCAACAUCCUUUGUGGAAAUGGAAUGAUGGUGCCGAUAACAUUUGAAGUUUAAAUGCUCAGUAGAAGCUGGACUGAAUACGGCAUCUCUACUGGGGGAAUGGAUAUAAUCACAAUGAGAUGUGGAGUUUACAAAAAUAAGAAAGCUAUGUUUAUUGCAGAAAACAAAUGUUUGAUAGGAUGAUCCUAGUUCUGUCUAACUAAAUCAGAGAUGCACUGCUCCAUGCUUGCUCUGGCAUCUUAGGUGGAGAGAGCUCCACACAUGUCUUCUUCUCACAAGGAAGGUAUGGAGAAGGAGAAAGUGGGGUCAGGUCAGCAACCCUAAUGGUAUCAGUCUAAUACUGAAGAAAGCUGUCAAAGGGACAGUGCAAGGAGGACAGUCUAGGAAGGCUGAAGUUGGAGACUCCUCUCUACCUUCCAUUUCUCAUGCAGGUAAAGCAGCCUACAGCGAAAGCAGAGUUGCACCCUGACAUUUCCAACAGGUGCAAAAACCUCCACAAAAUUUACUUCAAUUCUGUGGUGAAAUGUGGGGUGCAUUUGUAAGGGCUCCCAGGUUUCAUGUGGGAUGAGAUAAAAUCAGCAAGAAAAGACAGGUUAAAUUUAUGUUUUAACUAAACGAACGUGGAAUAGCCAUUGUGCCAAGAAAACACAAAACAAACUAUGUUUCCAAAAGAACAUGGAAGAUAGGGAGAAUUGUGUGACAAGCAAACUAUUAUAAAUAGACAGGUAUGUUUAUAUCAAGAAUCCUUUGUAUAAGACUGUGAUGGAAAGACUGUCUUAUGGGCCCCUUAACAGAUCCGAAGAACAGGCUGGUAGCCAAUGUGACCAUUAGCAUAGCUUGUGGCCAGUGAUAUUAUUCACAUACUUAAAACCAAAAGAUCGUGCCCAGACUGUCAAGUUACCAUGUACAAAAAAUGAAUAAAUGGGCAAGUUCUGUCCACAGUUUUUGCUAGCAGAAAGUCCAAACAGGUUGGUAACACAGGCAUUAGACGUGGAGUGCUGAAGAUUGCUACCAACAAAUUCAGAUGCUCACUUGGAUGUGUUCUGCACCAAACAUGAUAUCAUAAUGCAGCCAUAGCAGAAGUUCUGGAAAAAACAAGCAAUCUAUAUAGUUCUGCACAUGUGGUGAUAAAGCUUCUGGUGAAACUGAUCAACCAAGACAGUGUGUUAUGGAAUCUUCAGUUGCUAAGGAAACUAAACAGGUUGCAGUCCAGCUUCUGUGAGGAGAGGGGAAUAUGUUAGUGUGACUGGAAUUAAAACCUCACCCAGAUUCAGGUUGCAUAUUUGGAACAGGUUCUAGGCUGUAGGGGUGCUUUGGAAUUGGAAGGGGUUAGACACAAGGAAUGUGGAGUAGCCAAGAGGGAGCAUGAAGAAAAGGUAAGUAGAGAAUGAGACUUGGAAAAAUAAGGAGAGAAAAGAAACAGCUGAGGCAAGGGGCUAAGAAAGCUCCGAAGAAACUUCACAGCACUUGAUAGGCAUGGGCUGUAUAUUAUAAGAAUGAGAAGAGGAAUUUUAUGGCUGGUUAGGUGAUAGGGCGUUGAAAGAAAGAGGAACAAUGUAGUCAGUGGCCUGGAAACCAACCAAGAAUGUGAGAAACAAUGAGUGACGAAAACAAGGGAAGGGAGAAAGGGAGACUGGAAGAAACCUCAAAGGGUCUAGGAAGAAAGUGGGAAGGACUUUGUGGGUGUCAAUGGGUUAUAGGUUUGCUCGGUGUAGAGUCUAGGUUGUAGUAAGGGAAUUCCAGCAGUUGUGGCUUUUGUUUUUAGCAGACCUUUGCAACUGAGCAACUCUGAAGAGGCAAUAAGAAUGGAGCAAUUUCACAUAUUGGCUACAGCUAACCAGUCAAUUCUUUGGGUAUCAUUUUCUGAUCAACAUUUGUUGCCUUGGGAUCCAAAAUUGCCUUCAGAUCUAUACCAUUCUACUACUAAGGCAUGCUGUGUGCAUGGCACAAUAAUGGGAUGGCCUCCACUUCCAAGAACCAAGAAGCCAUAUGUUUAUUUUUUUCUUCUUCUUCUGAGAAACAAAAAACCCUCGAAUGCCACACAACAAGAGAAGCUUUAAACUAGUGCCGACGAUAGAAGUAGAACCCCAAAGGCAAAAAUCAAUGCUUCAUAGCAUUGUAAAAAAAGAAAAGGUAUGCCACAGAAUGACAACGAUUAACCACAGGAGAAAUAAAGCUGUAUUUUUGUUAUACAGCUGGGUGAACGUGUGCCUUUUUAUAGGUUAUCAAACACAGAGCCAGCAUGGUGCAGCAGGCAGUUGUCAGGACUUUGAUCAGCGUCACCGUCUCAGGCAUGGCAAUCCCUGGGUGACCCUGUUAAGGCAAUCCCUCGCUCUGUCAUCCACAGGAAAAUCCCCACCUACACAGCCAUGAGCUUCCUGAAUGAGAUAAUUGAUUAAUAUUUGAUCCUUCAAGGUAGAAAAGACAACUAUGUGUGAGAAAGCAUGGGAACUGAAAUAAAGAGCACAGGGAGCUGCCUUAUGCAGAAUCCGACCAUUGUUCCAUGCCAGAGUUCCACCUGACAUUGGGGAUGUGCAUGACAUCACAUGUGUGACACAUCAUGCGUGUCGGGAAGAGACCAUGAGGAGGCCCAGCCCCUCAGGAUUGAUAGGGCUCAGCCCUAUUGCCACAUACUUUGGGGGUGAGGUGUCCCCAGCCCCACAGAGUUGGAGCCUAUUCUCCAUGCAGCUCAGUAUUGUCUACACAGAUUGGCAGUGACUCUCCCAGGUUUAAGGCAAGGAGUAUUUCUCAGUCCUACAUGAAGAUGCCAGGGACCUUCUGACGUUUAGAAGACAUCUGAAGGCAGCCCUGUUUAGGGAUGUUUUUAAUGACUGACAUUUUAAUGUAUUUUUAAUCUCUUGUUAGAAGCCGCCCAGAGUGGCUGGGGGAACCCAGCCAGAUGGGCGAGGUAUAAGUAAUAAAUUGUUAUAUUAUUAUUAUAUAUUGACCCCUUCCCCAGACUUGCAUUUUCAAAAGAUCGCAUCGUUUGGACCUCACCCUUCUCAAGCAAAGAGUUCUGUGCCCAACCUGUCCUCUUCUCCUUCCAGGCAUUUCACUGGUAGCACUUGUCAUUCCCGCUUCGCUCGGAAUAUUUUUUAAGCAUCGAUGGCCCGCAAAAGCUAAAAUCGUACUCAAGGUAAGGUGUGACAUUCCCCAAAUGCAUAUCCAAAAGCUACCCAGAAAUGUCAAGGUGUACUGACCUUCUCUUUCCUCCCUCAGAUUGGUUCCAUUGGUGGUGCCGUUCUCAUAGUGCUCAUAGCUGUGGUUGGAGGGAUAUUGUACCAGGGCUCCUGGACCAUCACUCCUGCACUCUGGAUUAUCGGAACCAUCUUCCCAUUUGCUGGCUAUUCGGUGGGAUUUUUUCUGGCUCGCAUAGCUGGCCAGUCCUGGCACAGGUAAGGCUCCAGAAUACAAGAAAGGAACAGCUUCUAUUUCCUUCAGGCUUGAUGUAUACACACACGUUGGAGUAAUGCUUGCAAAUGCACCACAACAGUUUUGGAACGCUCCAAACAUGUUGCAGAACAUCUCGUUUUUUGCCAUUUUCCGACACACAGCUCUUCUGCAGCUACAAAGCUAUAAGAAAUACUUUUGUAAAGUUGUUCCUCAGCGUCCCCACUGUGGCAACAUUUCGCAAGCUGUGCCCAAUCCACUUAUCUGGUGCUGUGCACAAGCAAAUUUGUCUUCUCAUUUCCUGGGAGCUGACUAAUGGCUUCAACACAGAGAGGUGACCGGCAAGUCCCUCAGUGAUUACCCAAAGGACGUCCCAUUAGUUUGUGCUGUAGAACAGAGAUUUGCAAAGGCCAGUCAAGUUGAGAAGGCACAUCAGGGACUGAAAUACAUGCAUGGACAGACAGCACCCUGUUUUAAAGGCCUCAAUAUGCAUACAGGUCCGAGCAGCCGCAAGGUACCUGAGUGGAAUGGCAAUAUAAGAUGCACUUCGCAGCAGAGUCAGGAAGGUCACUUACUGCUAUAUCUGCAAAUUUAAUGUCUCGGUCUUUCUCCCUGUUUUGCAAUGUACACUGACACAAAAUACAUUGAUGCAGUAGGAUACUAGUCACACAUUCAUGCAUCAUGUAAUUGACUCUGGAUCAGCUCAAGGUGAAGCCGCCCAGGGCCAAUUUCAAGGUGUGCAUUCAGAAUGCAAGUGAGCAAUUUUAGGUGAGGUUGCUCAGCAGGGAAGUUCACACCGAUUCUUAAAGAACCCACUGUCCGCCGUUCAAACUAUUUCCAUCUUGCCCUUGGUCAAGUGCAGGGGGAGCUAACAUGGCGCUCUCCAAGUGUUGAUGAGAUUACAAUUGCCAGCAAGCAUUGUCCAUGAUCUGGGUCCUGGGAUGUUGCAUGUUGUCGUCCAACAAUCUCUGGAAGGCAUACAGAUUGGCUGUCCCUGGUCAAAUGACUGGAGAAAUAUCCAGUGCCUUCCUUGCUCACUUUGCCAGCCUUCCUAUUAUUCCAGCCAUAUCGUUGAGCCCUUGGGUACGGAGUUAAGAGAAUGGGAGCGCAAUCCUAUGCAUGCUAACUUGGGAUCGAACCCCACUGAUUUCAGUGGGUCUCACUGCCCAAUAUGCACCCAAAGCAUGUCAUCCUGAGAUUUCCAGCAGUGGAAAUCUACCUAGUGUAUUGCAAACUGAGUAGGCCUACUUUUGCACCACCUUUUUCAAGUGUAUACUGUGUGAAAUCUCUGGUUUGGUGUGGCCACGUGCAGAUUAAUGAAAAAAUGUAGCCCAUAAACAUAAUAGCAAUGCAGGCAAGCCAGGCCUAUUGUUUAAACAUAUAACAUGAGGACAAUAUCUUAAGCGUGUAUGUCUUUUUAAAAUUUAUUGUAUAGCCCUAGGUAAAUUUAAGCAUUUUAUUUAAAAACAACAACAACAUGAUGAUGAUACUGCCAGUUCAGAGCUGCUCCCAGCCUACCCAAUCAUUGCUCAUAUUUAUUUAAAAAUUUUAUAUACCGCUAAAUGGGAAGAAAACCUCUCAGCAGAGGUGCUAUUGGCUGUCACACUAUCAGGAACACAGUGCUUUUUCAAUGUGUACAUCACAUUAUGUUCUGUCAGCACUAAUGUGUGCGACAUAGUCAGGUCACAUUCAUUAUAACCCUUGUGGAAGGUACCUUUUUAUGACCUCGCUUAUUUUUCUUAAUUGAUCUUUUAAUUAGCUUUGAAAUGCUUUUCAAGCUAUAUAUUUUCAUGAAAAAAAUAUAAUGUUGUAAAGUUAUGGUUCUAUAACACAAGUAGACCAUGGUGGUGUUGUUGUAGCGACAUGGCUAAGUUGUUUUAAAAAGCUUUUUAAAAAAUGGAUAAGCCAAACAUAUUAUACCUUUAUGACUUUAUAGUAUAUAAUCGCUCUUUCAUUAAAGAGAAAUUAUUUUAGUGCUCAUUAAAAUGUUAAUGUAAGGAAUAGAUCAAUGGGACCAUCAAGAAGUGCUUACCGCAGAGAUUGUAAUCAAUAUAUGCUAAGCUUUGAUAAGUUUACUAUCUCAGUAGGGCACAACCUGUUAAAACCUUAUAACCUUAUAAAGGCGGUGCUAAAGGCAUCUAUACCUGUUGAGAUUCUUGUAUACAGUGGUACCUUGGGUUACAUACGCUUCAGGUUACAGACUCCACUAACCCAGAAAUAGUACCUCGGGUUAAGAACUUUGCUUCAGGAUGAGAACAGAAAUCACGCAGCGGCAGCACAGCAGGAGGCCACACUAGCUAAAGUGGUGCUUCAGGUUAAGAACAGUUUCAGGUUAAAAACAGACCUCCAGAACGAAUUAAGUACUUAACCCAAGGUACCACUGUAUAUACAAGAAGCGAAGUUACAGGGAAGCAGGCAGAGGGCGUUCUUGGUAAUGGCACCCUCCCUGUGGAACGCCCUCCCAGCAGAUGUCAAGGAGAUAAAGAACUACAUAACUUUUAGAAGACAUCUGAAGGCAGCCGUGUAUCAGGAAGUUUUUAACGUUUGAUGUUUUAUUAUAUAUCCUGUUAGCCGCCCAGAGUGGCUGGGGAAACCCAGCCAGAUGGGCGGGAUAUAAAUGAUAAAAUUAUUAUUAUUAUUAUUAUUAUUAUUAUUAUUAUUAUUAUUAGAUGAGAAUGUUUGGAUGAUGGCGUUGUGCAGAUUCACCAUAAAGAGAGAGUGAAUGAGAUGUGGUGAUUUCACAGUAAAAUCUUAGUGUGGGGUGUGAAAGCACCCUAAGUCUCUUUAUGUGAUUGUGUGUGUGAUUUUUUAAUAAUGUCGUUUCUUUUAGGUGUCGUACUGUAGCUCUGGAAACGGGGAUGCAGAAUACUCAGCUCGCUUCCACCAUAGUACAGCUCUCAUUCAGCCCAGAACAAUUGGAGCUGAUGUUUACUUUCCCACUCAUCUACAGUAUUUUCCAGCUAAUACUUGCAGCAAUGUUUUUGGGAGGUAAGCCACCCUAUGUACACCCCACUUUUUAUCAAUUUGCAUUAGAACAAGGGUUUUUACUCUGUUUAUAUAUAUAUAUAUACGAUAACCAAACAGAACAAGAAACUCUGACUUGGUCAAUACUGCUCAUAAAUGAAUUAACAAAUCCAAGAAUCAUUAAGGUUGCAAACUGUACAAGUAAAUUGCCUUGUGCUCCCCAUUCCCCAACCCAUAUAAAUAAGAGGCCUGUAUAAUCGGUUUGGAUCAAAACAGGCCACAACUCUAUUGAAUACAGAUGAAAGAUGUUUGGCUUGGGCAUGGGGCAAUUGAAAUACUUCCGGCCUGCCCGCAUAGGUCAAUCCAGGCGGGGGUUCGUAAGAUUUACAUCAAACAGGGUCACCCCCACAGGGGCCACCGUCUGGCCCUGGCCCCGCGUGUGCAUGUGGACAUGACCACUCUCCCCAUAUCCCUUUAACGGGAUACCCCAGCCUUUGGAAGGGCAGGCAGAGAAUACAACCUCCCCUCCAUCCAAGACAAAGGAUCGCCCCAAAAGGGGUGAGCAGACUUGGCUGCCAAUCCAGUCGCAACCUUUGCUGUUGUCCAACAACGUAAGCAGAAUAUGCUACCUGGCUCAGCUCAAACAUCAUGCUAAAACACGGAUAGUAAAGCUUAACCGUUUGGUGCAGUGUCUGAAUUGGCAAAUCAGCCAGCAAAUCGGAAUCAGAAACCACGAUUAGCAAACCAUUGUUGCAGGUGUGGCUCCAGCUUCGAAGGCCACUGCACCUAGGAAGAGAGCAAACAGAAAUAAAAGGCUAACAAACUGCUCUAAACCAUUACAUGGAAACUCACAAAGUUUUGCGCGUUGACUUCAACAAGGCCUUCCACCUCCUGCCUUGGCCGUAAUUUCAUCUCAAGACUAGUGUUCAUGAUUUAUUGUUCAUCUCUCAGGGGUGGCUAUUGAGCCAUACAGCAGCCACAUAUACCCAGUAUUGUUCAAUUCCCUUCCAGUCUACAACUCUCUGGGUUGUGCAAAUGAGACCUUAAGUUGUGCGCAGUGUAUCAUCUUAAUCACUCAUCUUCACCAUGCAUUUAAAGCAGUAUCCUGCCACUUUAAAUAGCCAUGGCUUUCCCCAAAGAAUCCUGAGAACUGUAGUUCGCUAAGCUGCUGAGAGUUGUUUGGAGACCCCAGAGCUACAAUCUCUGGGAAGAGAGGUUGGCUGUUAAGCACUCCUCAGCAACAGCAAGCAAUACCAGCCUUAAGGACGCGGGUGGCGCUGUGGGUUAAACCACAGAGCCUAGGACUUGCCGAUCAGAAGGUCGGCGGUUUGAAUCCCCACGACGGGGUGAGCUCCCAUUGCUCGGUCCCUGCUCCUGCCAACCUAGCAGUUCGAAAGCACCCCAAAAAAGUGCAAGUAGAUAAAUAGGUACCGCUCCGGCGAGAAGGUAAACGGCAUUUCCGUGCGCUGCUCUGGUUCACCAGAAACGGCUUAGUCAUGCUGGCCACAUGACCCAGAAGCUGUACACCGGCUCCCUCGGCCAAUAAAGCGAGAUGAGCGCCGCAACCCCAGAGUCGGUCAUGACUGGACCUAAUGGUCAGGGGUCCCUUUACCCUUUACCUUUACCAGCCUUAACAACAACACUGCACUAUUAGCUAUAUCUUCUCAGAAGAAAGUCCCAUUUAGUUCAGUGGGGCUUACUCAUGGGUAAGCGGGUACCAGAUCACAGCCCAGCUCUUCCUUGAUACACCAGGUUCGGUUAAGUGCUGAAAUGCUUUCAAUCCUGUCUAUUAUGACCUUUGACAUGUCGUGCCAAUGUUGUCAGUCUACCAGGUGCACAAAAGGUAUUUUGCUGGUCCAGACUCAACCGGCGAGGAGAACGAACCUGAAUCAACGCAGGAGCCAACACACAAUACGAUGAAUGGAGGAUUUACUUUGGAGGAGGGAGGAGGAGGAGAGAAGCAUGUGUCAGCAACUCCCAAUGGAAGAGUAUAG